CAAAGAGACUAGAGCACGAUACUGAACAGAUACUUUACUGAGGAUAAAUGAAGCAUUGUUUUCUCCUGAUGAUGAUCCAUCUACUGAUGGUUCAACUGCCUCUAUUUGUAAAAGCAUUACAAGAAAAUGGGCAUGCAGAGGCUCCAGUAGCCACAACAGUCUUGAACGGUUUGGAGAGGCUGAGAAACAGGGCCAGUUUCAUUGCCAAAAGCUGUAAGGAAAUAAGAGACAGAUAUGACCAAAAAGAAGAUGGGCUGUACUACCUCACCACAGCCAACGGGGUGGUCUACCAGACCUUCUGCGACAUGACUACUGCUGGCGGUGGCUGGACACUUGUGGCAAGUGUGCACGAGAACAACAUGUAUGGGAAGUGCACAGUGGGUGACCGUUGGUCCAGCCAGCAAGGCAGCAACCCUAACUGGCCAGACGGAGAUGGAAACUGGGCCAACAUGGUUACUUUUGGAACCACAGAUGGUGCCACCUCAGAUGACUUCAAAAAUCCUGGGUAUUAUGACAUCGUGGCAGAAGACAUGUCGGUGUGGCACGUUCCCAACAACUCCCCUAUGGAACACUGGAACAUAGCCGCCAUCCUCCGCUACCACACAGAGAGACGCUUUCUCACCAUUUAUGGGGGAAACCUGCAACAACUCUUUAAGCUCUACCCAGUGAGAUAUAAUGCUGGGGCAUGUGGCAACACAGGACCUGCCAUUCCAAUCGUGUAUGACUUUGGGAACAUAGAGACCACCAGAAAUUUUUACGGGCCCAACAUAAGAAACCAGUUUGAGCCUGGCUUCAUUACUUUCAGACCAAUAAAUAAUGAACGUGCAGCCAUGGCUAUCUGCUCUGGGGUCAAACCAAAACCAAACACUCGCUGCGACACUGAACAUUACUGUAUUGGUGGUGGUGGACACUUCCCUGAGCAGGCCCCUCGUCAGUGUGGUGACUUCCCUGGCUUUGACUGGAAUGGCUAUGGUACCAACACAGAAUGGAGUUCAUCAAAGGAGAUUACUGAAGCAGCUGUGUUACUCUUCUACCGUUAAAAUCCAUUCUAUUGAUUAUCAAUGCCUUCAGAUGGCAAGAUGUAAAGAUACAUUUAGUUAAUACUGAUGCUUAUACUAUAAUCAACAUCACAGCACUAUGAUUUGCAUUUCUUUAAUCUAUAAAUUCCGAAUACAUACGUAUCGUAUUUCCCUGUUUUCAAAUUGAAAGAGACUAUUACAAUUUUGUGAAUAUGAAUGACUGAAAUAAAGACUACUCUAAAGGGUAUAUAAGUUGAGGUGUCAAUAUGCUUUGUCUUGUUGGCAUGAAAGACAUGCCAAAAUGUAUAGUUCGGUUAACUU